ACUAAUCACGUCUCAACUUCACCCACCUUUUGUUUGACUAAUUUAAUCCCCCACCCCCGUUGAAGUCAAAUACUUAUCCUCUCGGACAUUGGUACAAGCCCACCCAUAUGAUCUUUAGCCCCCCGCCCCUCAUCUUGAAAGCCUUGCGAACUCCCACCAUGACCAUCACAGACUCGCUUGCAACCGGAGCUGAACAGGGUCUUAGCAGUUUGAUGCUCUUUUGGAACUCCUCAACAGCAAUGAUCUCGUGUAGAACCUGAUCGUCACAUGGGGCGGUUGCUGCAAACUCUUGAGAAAACAGAUGCAGUCAAUAGCCGGAUGUGUACAUCAUUCGAACUUUGUGGAUAAUUGCGUGAUUGUGAUCAGGGUUCGACACGCGCGACAAGACCGUUUCCAGUUUUAAAGCCUUUUUUUUUUUUUUUAGGAUAUACCGCAUUGGCAAGUGGCAGUUUUUAGAGUCUUGUAUUAAGUUCGUUAAGGCGAUAUAUUGACAAAGUAACUGUGGUAGAAGUUAAGAUUACCUGGUGGAAUUUUAUUCGAGCAAGAAAUAUGAAUAGCUGGUCUAUUUAAAAGGUUUUUUUAUUCAAAAGUCACUUUUGUAAUAUUAAAUGUACUUAAUUUGGAAGUGGAUGUAAAAGUUGAAAAAAUUAAAGCUAGUCGUUACAAAUUUGAUUGUUUUCUUUAUUUUAAUUGAAUUUUUAUUUAUUUUAGCCUUUUUCAGUGGUGCGUUUGCUCUCGGUUAAUGAGCGACGUUAGCUUUGCGCAUGUUAGGCUGGCCUUGACUUUAUGCCCCAAACAAACUCAUGAUAACUGCAGUUAUCUUUGUCAGCAUCUGCUGCUGCAAAUGUGUAGGCAGUAGGCGCUUCCAUCGUAAAUUCCAUCAUGUCUCACUUUGGACAGGUAGGAAAUGUAGUGGUGCAAAAGUGAAAGUUGGCAGAAAUAGUCAAGUGUAGAGGAGGUGAAAAUAUUCAGACUCUAUUACAAGAGUGCACCCGGGAGCCCUUCAGACACACCUUCAGUUUCUUUGACUCUUUGACCCAUUUGCCCACGUUCUUUAGAACCAUGUCUCCCACCACGGUAGAACCCAACAGCUUGGAUGUCAUGUGUCUGAACAAAUACUGCAACAGCUCCUCUUCGUCGUCCAGCUCGGAGAACGAGAAAAAGAUCUGGACCAAGCUGAAGCUGAAUUUGGCCCAAGAUUAUCCGAGGAAGAACGCGGAGAUCCUGAGUGGACAAUACGGGACCAAUUUGCUCCUGAUUGGAGCGGCGCUCAUGCUGGCCCUGGCCCACCACAGCCCUUCUGUCAAAGAAGACCACCUGCUGUCCUUCGUCACCUGCCUCAUGAUCCUCCAACUCGUCUGGAUGUUGUGGUACAUGCUGGUGCGGACCCGACACAAGAAUACUCGUACUGAGAAAGACGUCCAUGCCACCACGUGCUGGAUCAGAGGCGGCUUGACUCUUCUUGCACUUCUCUCAAUGAUUAUGGACGUGUUCCGAAUCGGAUAUUAUGUUGGGUAUCAAGCUUGUGUGUCGGCCAUUCUUGGGGUAUAUCCUGUCAUCCAUGCGAGCCACACUAUAGCCCAGGUGCACUUUCUCUGGUUUCACAUCAAGGAUGUCGUCAAGCGUUUUGAAACAUUAGAGAGAUUUGGUGUCAUCCAUGCAGUCUUUACCAACCUCCUACUCUGGGCCAAUGGUGUGAUGUCGGAAGCCGAGCACUUCUUGAACAACCAUAAUAGAAGGCUCUCUGCCCUGGGCUAUGGAAACCUCACUAUAGUUCACACCGAGCCUCACUGUAACUGCACCACCAGCACUUGCUCCAUGUUCUCCAGCAGCCUCUACUAUCUGUAUCCCUUCAACAUCGAAUACCACAUCUUUGUCUCCGCCAUGCUCUUUGUCAUGUGGAAGAACAUUGGAAGGAACAUUGACCUUUCUUCGAAUCAGAAACGACUAGCUACCAAAACCCAAGGUUUGACCUUGGGCCCCGUUUUGGGUCUAGUCGCCCUGGCCAGUACCAUCGGGAUUCUGGUGGUUUACAUAACACACAUGGAAGGUUCCGUUCCAACUCGGCGCUCGGCCAUUUCCAUGUUCUACAUCUACGGCAUCAUCAUGCUGGCGUUUAUGUGUGCCGCCUGCGCUUCGGGUUUGCUCAUAUACCGAGCGGAUCGCAUGGCACCGGACACCUCGAAGAACCCCUCCAGACAGCUGGACACAGAACUGCUUUUUGGAUCCUCUAUCGGCUCCUGGUUCAUGUCCUGGUGCAGCAUCGUAGCCGUGCUGGGAGCCGACAGCAGUCCGCCGUAUCGCUGGACCAAUUUGGUCUAUUCUUUGCUUGUGGUAUUAGAGAAGUGCAUCCAGAACCUCUUCAUCGUAGAAUCCCUCUACCGCCGGCAGGACGACACCGGGCGGGGUGACCCCGAAUUAGUGGCUUCGUCUGAAAUCUUCUCAGUGACGUCCUCUUUGGCCCCACCUUACGAUGGCAUCUUCAACCGAGCCUACGACACACCGGAGCGGGCUUGCGUCGCCAUGGAGAACGAGCAGGAAGAGAGCGGACAAGUGUACAAAUUAGCGGAGGUGCCACAGACUUUUGGAAACCAAGUAGCCGACGCUCCAAAUGUCAAGAGGCAAAUCCUGAAGAACAUCGCCAUCUUCUUAAUUAUGUGCAACAUCUCGCUGUGGAUCCUCCCCGCCUUUGGCUGUCGGCCGCAGUACGAAAAUGGGUUGGAACAGGAGGCCUUCGGUUUCAGUACAUGGACUACAACUCUCAAUUUUGCGGUUCCUUUAAACCUUUUCUAUCGCAUGCACUCGGUCGCUUCUCUAUUUGAAGUCUUCCGGCGCGUCUGACGGAAAAGCUCAAGUUGGACAAUACAUGAUAAUGCUUCCCUACUGAGUGUUUCCCAGCAUGGUUCAUGAUUCACCAGUCUUGAAAGGAAAUCGUGGCAAAAAAAAAAUAUUUCCGAAGAAUAACAAUUCCCAAAUUAAUUCACAAAAGGGCUCAUGUGUUUGUUUGUCACACUGCAGUAGGCUUUUGAUUAAAUCCUAUGCUAUGUGACACGUACGUACACCUGAUUGUAUUCUCAAAGCGUCAACGUACCAGAAAAAAUGGUUUAAUAGCACUAUUUUAUACAUGAAUGAUUGUGCACGCAUUGACCCGUAGUGAUAUGCAUUUCAAAUAUGUAUAUUAUUUAUGGAUGAUGUUCUCAUUUAUUAUGGUAGAGGUUUUAUGGAGCAAAGUUCAAAUCUCAGCUCAGAACCAACUGCAGGGUCUUCUAAAAAUGUUGACAUCAUUUGAAAUAUGAAUGCAGUAUCCGAGAAAGCACAGAAGCUGAGGGGUUAAAGUUUAUUCUGUCUUUAAAGUAGUCAAAAUUUACAAUUCUAAUUCUGUUCACCACGUGAUGUGUAUAUAUAUAUUGCCAAGAAAGGACAACGGACCGUUAAUUCACACACCAUUCGGUGUCUUACUUCUGGAUACUUAGCCGGAAAUUUGUGGGCUAACACACUUUUGCGAUGUAUAUAGUAGAUGAAUUGAUGUCCGGUGAAAGUUCUCACUCAGGUGCUACCUACCAUCAUCUCAGUAAGUGCCAACAUGUAGGUAAAUUUUGUUUUUCAGUGAAUAUAUUGCUUGUGUUCAAAAUCAUCAUUUCAACAUUGAGACGGGAUCUUUGUGGAAGUCACAUGAACUGGUGCUCAAGUGAAAUUGUUUUUACGGUAGUGAC